AUGCACGCCUUUGACGCUUCCCGCUCUCCAAGACACCCCAAGCUGGCCGUUAAGCCAGCCAAGUUUGACGAGACAAUCUCCAAGGCAGAUUUCCCUAACCACUCGCUCCGUAUCAAGAAAACCAGGCCCGAAGUCUUGGGGAUUGACCCCGGCGUGAACCAGUACUCUGGUUAUUUGGAUAUCCUCGACGAAGACAAGCACUUCUUCUACUACUUCUUCGAGUCCCGUAACGACCCAGCCAACGACCCCGUUAUUCUCUGGCUCAACGGUGGCCCUGGUUGUUCGUCCAUGACGGGUUUGUUCAUGGAAUUGGGGCCAGCGGCUAUAAACGGUGAUUUGAAGCCGGUUUUCAACCCGUAUUCGUGGAACUCCAAUGCCAGCGUAAUCUUCCUCGACCAGCCGGUCGGGGUCGGCUACUCAUACUCCUCCAAGGCAGUUUACUCUACCGAGGCAGCGGCGCCAGACGUCUAUUCCUUCCUCUCUCUCUUUUUUGAAAAGUUCAACCAUCUUUCGCGCAACGACUUUCACAUUGCCGGGGAGCUGUACGCUGGGCACUACAUUCCAAGAUUUGCAGCCGAGAUCAUCCACCACCCCGAGCGCAGCUUCAACUUCAAGUCCGUACUCAUUGGCAACGGGAUCACCGAUCUGCUCACUCAGCAGCAGUCCUAUGAGCCAAUGGCGUGUGGUAAAGGUGGAUACAAACAGGUUAUUUCGGACGAGGAAUGUGCACUACUUGCGGAAAAGUACCCACGUUGUGCUCUGCUUUCGCAGAUAUGUUACGACUCUCAAUCAGCCUUUGCCUGCGUCCCUGCUUCUAUCUAUUGCAGCUCCAUGAUGAAGCCGUACAUGGACACCGGGCUCAACCCUUACGACAUUAGAAAGAAGUGUGUUGGUGAUUCGCUUUGUUACGAUGAAAUCUCCAACGUCCAAGCCUACAUGAAUCUUGACGAGGUCAAGGAAGCUUUGGGGGCCGAGGUUGACGUGUUUAACUCGUGCGAUAGGACCGUGGGCAUGCAUUUUAGUGCUACGGGGGACGUAGCGAAACCCUUCCAGGGCUAUGUUACCGAACUCUUGGAGAACCAAAUUCCGGUGUUGAUCUAUGCUGGGGACAAGGACUAUAUCUGUAACUGGUUGGGGAACCAGGCCUGGACAAACGCCUUGGAGUAUUCGGGGCAACAUGGCUUUGCCAAGGCUCCGGUCCAGAAAUGGUAUGUCAAUGGCGAAGCCGGGGAAGUCAAAAACCACGGCAACUUUACCUUCUUGAGGGUGUUUGAUGCCGGGCACAUGGUGCCAUACGACCAGCCAGAGAAUUCUUUGGAUAUGGUCAAUGGUUGGUUGGCCGGGGAUUAUGCUUUUGGAAACUAG